AUGUCACUAUUAUCAUCGUCCCGUGUUAUGGACCUAACACAUAUAAUUACUGAAGAUAUGCCAACAUGGGACGAAGGUAUUGGUUUUACUCAAGAACAAACACAUUUUCUUGAUGUUCAUGGUUAUAGUAUACAUCAAUUGAACUUUAAGAAAGCCGGCUUAGGUACUCAUUUUGAUAGUGCUGCACAUUUUUUCGAUGGAAAACGAUGGGUACGUACGGUACAUGAGUAUCCAGUUGCAGAAUUAAUAUCACCAGCAGUUGUAAUUAAUGUUAGCCAACAAACCGAACGUAAUAAAGAUUAUCAAAUCACACAGCAAGAUAUUAUUAAUUGGGAAAAAGUGCAUGGAAGUAUACAGAGUGGUUCAUUCGUUAUUGCUAAUACUGGUUGGAGUAAAUAUUGGAAUGAUCCGGUAAAAUUUUUAGGUUUCGAUGAAAAUAAGAUACGCCAUUUUCCUGGAUGGGGAGAAGAAUCUGCACAAUAUUUACUUGACAAAGGUGUACGCGGUUUGGGUAUUGAUGCAGUCAGUAUUGAUGCUGGUAAUAAUAUUAAUUUUGAUGCGCAUAGGGUAUUUUUAAAAGCAGAUAAAUAUUUGGUAGAGAAUAUCAAUAUUGGUACAGAAACUAACAAUACAUUACCGGACAUCGGUGCAACUGUCUUCGUUUUACCAAUACCAAUCAAAAACUGUAGUGAAGCACCAGCAAGAGUUAUAGCAUAUGUAUAA